ACUAGUUGCAUUGCAAUGACUGAGCUUCAAAACAAGGAAAACUAGGAAAUUAAGGAAAAUGUUUAAAUUUACAACAAGCAUUAUAAGUAUCCUGGUCCGGGCUCCCAAGAAGCUUAUUCGGAGCUUGUCUCUGGCUACAGAAACAAUGGUGAAUAAGUUGUGUGCGAUUUUUGUUUUGUGUGUUCAUAUUAUCUGUUCAACUGGUUUGAAACAGAAUGAGCCGAUAGUGACAGUGAAGCAGGGGAAACUCCAAGGUGCAGUGGCCACAUUGCACGAUGGAUCUUCUUACUACAGCUUCAAGGGUAUUCCGUAUGCUCAGCCUCCCGUUGGACCGUUACGGUUUAGAGCACCACAGCCACCGCAGCCAUGGGAAGGCAUCCUGAACGCGACAGAACACCGAAACGUCUGUGCCCAGUUUAACCUCCUGGCCCGCGCCAGCGCCGCUGAGGGCAGCGAGGACUGCCUGUUCCUCAACGUCUACUCCAAGUCGCUCCAACCCUCAGCGAAGACCCCUGUCAUGGUCUACAUCCACGGAGGAGCCUAUCUCUCCGGCUCAGGAAACGAUGACAUGUACGGACCACAGUUCCUACUACAACACAAUGUUGUCCUAGUCACUCUUAACUACCGACUCGAAGUACUAGGCUUCUUAUGCUUAGACACUCCAGAAGUUCCAGGCAAUGCUGGCAUGAAAGACCAAGUAGCUGCAAUGAAAUGGGUAAAAGAAAAUAUAGCUCAGUUUGGAGGAGACCCAGACAAUAUUACACUCUUUGGAGAAAGCGCUGGUGCAUCAUCAGUCAUCUACCAUAUGCUGUCACCGAUGUCUCAAGGACUUUUCCAUAAAGCUAUUACCCAAAGUGGGACUAGUAUAAAUGACUGGGCUCAAGGUGUGAAUGGCAAAGAGAGGGCAUUUAAAAUCGGUAAACAUUUAGGUAGAGAUACAAAAGAUCCCCAAGAGUUAUUGGAUUUUUUAAGAAGUUUACCAGUCUCAAAAUUAGUUAGAUUAACUAAUGUUACUUUAACUCCUGAUGAAAAAUACAGAGGGUUGCCAAUUCAUUUUGCACCAGUACAAGAAAAGAAAUUUCCGAAUGUCGAGGCGUUCCUUAGCGAAAAUCCAUUAAAUCUCAUUCUGUCAAAUAAAAUAUGCAGUAUUCCCUUAAUGCUUGGAUAUAAUUCUGCAGAAAGCAUAAUAAUGGUUCAAGAUAGACUAAAAAAACAGCCCAUUUAUAACAAAACACCAUCUUUUGAUGUGCCUAGAGAAAUUGUGGAUAAAAUAAAUCAGGAAAAGUUGAUUGAAAUGGGGGAUAGAAUAAAGCAAUUUUAUGUCGGUAAUAGAGAUUAUUCGAGUGAAGAUUUGAAGGAGAUGGUUCAACUAUUAUCAGAUUUACAUUUCGUUUACAACACGCAUAGAUUUGCUUACUUAUAUUCUAGACAUAACAGUGCAAUAUACAUGUACAGAUUUAAUAUAGAAACUGAUUUGAAUAUCAUUAAGAACAUGAGCGGAGUGGAUGUGGCAGGAGUGAGCCAUGCCGAUGAAUUGUUUUAUAUUUUUUCGACAAACAUGACUAAAGAAGAUUACGAAUCGCAGGAGAAAAUCAGGGACUAUGUGUGGAGAGUUACUAAGAUGUGGACGGACUUUGCUAAAACCGGCAAUCCAACCCCAGACAGUACUCUAGGAGUGAAAUGGCCGCAAUACACCGUCGCUAACAAGGAGUACUUACAAAUAGAUGAAACACUCACCGCGAGCAAGUUUGCCGACCGAGCGAGCGUCGAGUUCUGGAACAAGUUGUACUGCGAGGCGGGCUUGCCUUGUAUUAGUAAGAGUAAUUUGUGAUGUUAUGAAAUGUUUCGAUAUGAUGAUGAUGAUCAAAGUGUUUAAACUAGAUUGUUGAUUGA